GAGAUAUCUUGGAUUAUUAUAAUCACUUAGAUAAUGAUGCUACUCACCCGGUGCUGAUUCAGGGUGUGACAGCUGGAGGCAGAGAGAGAGAGAAACACCUCAGGAACGCUCACUAACAAGUGAAAGGACAGACUGGACAGCUUGAUGGUGAUAAUAAGCUAAACUAAACAGACCCAAACCGAGGCCGAGAUGGAAUUACGACUGGGAUGUAGGAUCACCCUGGUCUUGGUCAUCCUCGCCUUGACUCUUUCCGGAGAGACGGUGGAAGCACAGAGGGCAGGAUGUAAGAAUGUCCACUAUGACUUAGCGUUCAUCCUUGAUACCUCGUCCAGUGUUGGAAGAGAGAACUUUGAGAAGAUCCGACAAUGGGUGUCCAACAUUGUCGACUCUUUCGAUGUGGCACCAGACAAGACCAGAGUAGCCGUGGUUCGCUACAGCGACACGCCCACCACUGAGUUCACUUUGAGCAAACACAGGUCCCUGGAGGAUGUGAAGCGAGCUGCCAGCGAAAUAGUUUACCGGGGGGGAAAUACAAUGACCGGGGACGCUAUCAGCUACACCACCAACAACAUCUUCACGGAGCGAAACGGAGCCAGACCGAAAGCCAGAGGCAUUCAGAGGGUGGCCAUCCUUCUCACAGAUGGUCUGAGCCAGGAUUACGUUUUGGAGCCCUCCAAAGCCGCUGCCGCUGCCGGCAUCAGGAUGUUCGCCGUGGGGAUCGGAGAGGCGCUGAAGGUGGAGCUGGAGGAGAUCGCGGCCGAGCCAAAGAACGCCCACGUCUUCUAUGUGACGGACUUCAAUGCCAUCGACAAGAUCAGAGGCAGGCUGAGGAGGAGGCUGUGUGAGAAUGUCCUGUGUCCAAACAUGAAGGUUCAACCUGAUCGGUUCAAGCCCAACAGCUCCAGUUAUGGUCUUGAAGAGGUUCCAGGGUUCGACCUGAUGGAGUUCUUCAAAGUGAGAGACAUCCUGGGGACCAGAAACGAUGAAGGCCAGAGUGCUUACGUUCGCCUCGGCACCAUGCCCAUUGUACAGCAAACAGAGGAUGUGUUUCCUCAGGGUUUGCCAGAUGAAUACGCCUUUGUGACCACGUUCAAAUUCAGGAAGACCUCAAGACGGGAAGACUGGUACCUCUGGCAGGUCUUCGACAAAUAUGGAAUCCCACAGGUGUCGAUACGUCUGGACGGAGAGAACAAAGCGGUGGAAUAUAACGCCGUCGGCCUGAUCAAAGACGCGGUCCGAGCCGUGUUCAAGAACCCUGAAGUCGACAACCUGUUCGACCGCAACUGGCACAAGAUCGCCAUGAGCGUGGAGGCCAAGUCCGUGUCUCUGUAUCUGGACUGCAAACUGAUCCAGACUCUGCCCAUCGGGGACCGCGAGGACAUCGACAUCCAGGGGAAGACUGUGAUCGGGAAGAGGCUAUACGACAGCGUGCCCAUCGAUUUUGACCUCCAGAGGAUGAUGAUCUACUGUGACUCCAAGCAUGCAGAGCUGGAAACCUGCUGUGAUAUUCCCGAUGGACCUUGCCCUAAGAAAGUGGUUACAGAAGCCCCCCCCCUGGAGAUCCCCACCCCCACACCGGCUGCAGUGGAGCAGAAAAGAGGCCCUGAAGCGAACUGCUCGUGCCCAGAGGGAGAAAAGGGGCUCGGUGGUGUGCCAGGUAUCGACGGAUCAUAUGGAGACAAAGGAGGCAAGGGCGCAGCAGGACUGGCUGGUGAUGCAGGGCCUGAAGGUCCAGCUGGAACAAAGGGAAUUCAAGGAGAUGAAGGAACUGCUGGCUCAUCGGGACCAAAGGGUGUCUCUGGUGAAUCCGGUACAAGGGGUGACAAAGGAAGUACAGGAAACAAGGGCGAGGCAGGUUUCGAUGGAUUCCCCGGCAAACCUGGUGUUCCUGGGAAAGAUGGUGUGAAAGGACUGUCUGGUGCUUCUGGGCUCUCUGGAGUUAAAGGCGUCAAGGGGGAGAGAGGCCUUCCCGGAUUACCUGGGGAUGUGGUUCAGAGAGAAGGCUUACGGGGUGACAAGGGAGAAGCUGGUCCUCCUGGUCCUCAAGGGCCCGAGGGUCCCCAGGGGCCUCAGGGUUCUCCCGGGAUAACGGGGCAAACCGGGACCCCUGGAGAGUUCGGUCUGAGGGGCAAGAAAGGUGAAGGUGGAUUGCCUGGCGUGGACGGGCUUCCUGGAAUCCCUGGUAUUCAUGGUCCAGCUGGGACAGCAGGAAGCAAAGGGCAGACUGGACCUCCUGGUCUACCUGGUGAAAUUGGAUUUUCAGGCAAACACGGGGAGCCAGGGAAGUCUGGUCUCUCUGGUAAAGACGGACUGGACGGUCUUCCUGGAAACGGCGGUGCCACGGGUCCCAGGGGAGAGCGCGGAGCAGAUGGUUUUGCAGGAAAGGCCGGAUCCAAGGGUGAAGGCGGGCCUCCGGGGCCCAGAGGACCUCCAGGGGAGAGAGGAGUGUCUGGUUCCUCUGGUCUGUCAGGUGUGGCUGGAGGGAGAGGAGACAGAGGCGUCCCGGGAGAAAGAGGAGUGGCUGGACCUUUCGGACCAAAAGGAGACAGAGGAGACAAGGGUGAAGUCGGAGCGAGUGGAAAACCUGGGAUUCCAGGAAAUGUAGCAAAUGUAAUCCCUGAGCCUGGUGAACCUGGGAUGCCUGGAGAGAGAGGAGAGAAAGGGGAGCAAGGGACCCCAGGACUUAAGGGCCAGGGAGGGCUUCCUGGAGAACAAGGCUUUAAGGGACCAGCUGGGUUGGCGGGUCCUAAUGGAGAGACUGGACUGACGGGAGAGACUGGACGAGUUGGAGACCCUGGUCCACCGGGUAUAGCUGGUCCUUCGGGUCUUCGUGGAUUACCAGGGAAUGUGGGCAUCCCCGGGAUCAUCGGGCCUCCGGGUCCAUCCGGACAGAGAGGAGACAAGGGUGAAGCAGGUAAACCGGGACAGGCCGGACCUGCUGGCCGAGGCGGAGACCCCGGACUGACCGGACCCCCCGGACCCCCAGGGAAAGGGAAAGAGGGACAAAACGGGGAUCCAGGACCACAGGGAAUUCAAGGACCUUCAGGACCAAAGGGACAAACCGGGUCACGAGGAGAACCGGGGUCACCGGGAGACAGAGGAUCAAUAGGAGAGGGAAAAGUGGGACAACAGGGGCUUGUGGGAAAAGAUGGACAACCUGGACCUGCGGGCUUGAGGGGUCUAACAGGAGUCGCCGGACAAAUGGGUCCUGCAGGACAUAAUGGUUUACCAGGACGGCCGGGAGACAAGGGAUCACAAGGAGAUCCUGGAAAGGCAGCAGACCUCUCUGACCUGGAUCUGAAGGAUGUUUGCUCAGACUGCCCUGCAGGUCCAGCUGGAGCACCCGGUCUCCCAGGAGUCCCCGGAGAGAAAGGACACAUCGGACCUCCAGGGAAAGAUGGUCAAGACGGUUAUCAAGGCUCUCCGGGAACAGCUGGACCUCAAGGGCCCCCUGGAGCUGAUGGAGCAAAGGGUAUUAAAGGUGAUGGAGGACCCCCUGGGGGCGCUGGAGACAAAGGAGACAAGGGUCACCCGGGACCUCCAGGUCACCCAGGUGCUGCUGGAAUGAUGGGAACAGCUGGUAACGAUGGUCAGCCGGGUCCUCUCGGCCCCCCGGGGUCCCCUGGAGAAAAGGGCAAAGAGGGUCUCAAAGGAAUCAUGGGACCACCCGGUCUCCCUGGAUUAAUCGGUCAGGAUGGAAAAAUGGGCAAAGAUGGGCAACCAGGAGAAACUGGAGAAUCUGGCAAGCAAGGUGAACCUGGACCUCAAGGAAACCAGGGGCUCAGGGGGCUACCGGGCUUUAAGGGCCACCGAGGAGAACCUGGACCUGCAGGAACCAAGGGAGAGGAUGGGAAGCCUGGGUCUGCUGGGCGUGAUGGGAAACCUGGAAAGGAGGGCUCUAUGGGAACUCCAGGCAGAGAAGGACUUAGUGGACCAAGAGGAGAGCCGGGAAAGCCAGGUGAACCGGGUCCAUCGGGGAAAUCAGGACUCCCUGGAACUCCUGGAACCCGGGGAGACAAGGGAGAGCCCGGAAACCCCGGAUUGCCAGGCUUUAGUGGCCCUAAAGGCCCCUCGGGUCCAUCUGGUCCAGUCGGCCCUGAGGGAAAACAGGGUAUGCCAGGCAGAGUUGGUGAUCGUGGUACCAAGGGAGAAAAGGGAGACGGUGGUACGAAGGGAGAUAAAGGACAUUCAGGAGAGUCAGGUAUGCCCGGAAACCCCGGACCCUCCGGCAGGAAGGGCCACACAGGGAUGAUGGGCAUGUCGGGGCCCCCGGGAGAAUUGGGCGCUCCUGGGUCACAGGGACCUUCAGGAAACCCAGGGAUCCCCGGACAGAGGGGAGAGUCGGUAUCACUGGAGCAGAUGAGACGCCUCAUCCAGGAGGAGCUGUCCAAACAGUUAGAUGCCAAAAUGGCCUACCUAAUGGCUCAGUUGCAGCCGGCCCAUGUGAAGAGUACUGCCGGCCGCCCAGGACCCCCUGGUCCUUCAGGAAAAGAAGGAUCUUCUGGACGCUCGGGACCCCCUGGAGAGUCUGGUAUGCCCGGACAGAACGGAGGAGAAGGACCCAGGGGACCCUUGGGUGCUAAAGGUGAGAAAGGAGGAAGAGGAGAAAAGGGCGAAGCUGGAGCCGGCGACAGAGGAGAACAAGGACCCGUCGGCCCCAUAGGUCCAGCCGGUCUGCCUGGUUACGGUAAAGAUGGAAGCCCAGGACAGGCAGGGACCCAGGGAGAGCCAGGGAACCCCGGACCUCAUGGUCAAACUGGUCCUUCAGGUCCUAUUGGCCAAUGUGACCCCACCCAGUGUGCCUAUUAUGCCAGCCUGGCACAAAGACCCCACACCAAAAAUGUCAAGGGGACUUAAGUAAGAAGAGUCACAAAGAGCGGCUGUAUUUAUGAACUUGGUCAGAAUCAAGAACUUUUUCAAGAUAACCUCAGUACGGAGGGCUGAAGCAGUGCUGCCGUCAGAUUCUUUGAUUUGUUUGUUUUUGGUAAGAGGGAUUAAGCAUCAAGAGACUUGUUCACAUUUCAUAUGGGGGUAAAGAGGGCAGCGAACCAGGUGUUUCACUACCAUGCUUCAUGUAGGGAGAUAACAAUGAUGAAACUUCCUCCUCUAAAACCCCAUAUCAGGAGGUAAGAUUCGGGAGUCUGAUAUUGUAGCGUUACAUCAGUAAUCAUGUUAAAAAAAGUUCAGCUUUUCUUCGAUUUCUUGCAGGAUAAUGUCUGCACCAUGGGUUUUUCUUUCUCUGCCUUACACCACUUUGCAUCAGUUACCAUUCACAUCCACUGUCCUACAUUUAAGCAAUAGUUGUCAGUCACUGCUCACUAAAUUGAUCUCUCGCUGUGAGUCUAUUGGUAAUUACUCAGCCAGGGGAAAUAUCUCGUCGUUGAUGACGAAGGGGGAGGACAGACUGACUCAAAUUUAAAAUAGUGCUUUUGUGUAGGAGUGUUAACGAGUUAGUGUCAAGAGUGAUGGAUGACCACUUUUAUUCACUUCUUGCUUCCAAGCAUCUAGCAGUGAUCUUAUUUGGCCUUGAUUUGCAUCCAAAAACAUGUAGAAAUGUAAUUACUUUUACAACAACAACCACUCCCUUUUUAAAAUCUGAAUGUAGUUGCAAUGUGAUCUUUUAGACAGUAACAGAGCAAGCAUCAGCAGAGCAUCACAUAUUGCCUCUGUCACAACUCAAAAAUGAAAUCCUUGGAAACGUUUUUUGGUUACCCUAAAGCACACAACCCACACUAUAAAUCAUAUUGAGUGAUUUGUGUAUUAUUCAAAGGUAGAUUUGAAGUGAAAGUCAUUUGAAUGUGGUUGAAUUAUGUGCGAGAUUACAUUACAUUCCAUUUGUUAGACGCUGUUAUCCGAAGCGACUUACAUACAUUCAGUACUGUUUGAAUGUAUGUUCUGGGAAUUUGGGGUGAAGUGUCUUGCCCAGGGACACAACAACAUGCUGACUGCAGUGGGACUCGAACUUGCUACCCCCUGAUUCGAAGUCCAGCCACAGCCUCCCUCAUGGAUAUAAAAUGAUAUUUUUGCAUUAUUCAGCUCACCCACAUAGUUACGUUUAGAAAGAAAGACAAAAGUUGACACAGAAAAACAUUUCUUUGUUAGAUUUGUACUCCUAUGUUUAAUGAAGUGGCUCUGGUCUUUCUCUUUCUGUGGGUGCAUAGACCGGAGCCGUAAACAGCUUUGAGGAGGUGGUAUAAUUGCAGUCUUUGUUCACCUUUCUUGAAAAGCUGCUUGUUUCUCAGCCCUUUCUCUAAAUGUGUCACUUCCUUUUGGUCCGGUGAGGCUUAUUAAGUGCCUGAGCUGUGGCAGCUUUGUAUAGACGUUUUUUGUCCCUGGAACCUAAAAUUGGAGAGUUGCAUCCCUGAAUCUUGAUGACCAGACCCUUUGUGGUAACCAUUUGAAAGAUGUUUGGCCUUUUUGUCCCUCAUGGACCAAUUACACUUCUCCCCAAAUCUCACUUGUGCUGCUCAUCUAAAACGAUGUAAUAGCCUCUAUCCUAUUCUAUUAUAAGGAACUACAAUCAUACAUUAAUAGCAAAAGUGAAAUGGGGGAUUAAUCUCCAAGAAGAUAAUAUAGACAUUUUAUAACUUUUCACGACAAACAGUAUUACUAACAGGUCAAAGUUUAUCUUUCGCAUACUCAUUUUUACUUGCACAAGUUACCAAAGGUAAGGUCACCAAUACAAAAGUGAAGUUACUCUGAAACAACUUGGUUUUGAAGAUGUUGGUAAAGCAGAUUGGAGUGUUUUUGCUGCUCUGGAUGCAGGAGCAAUUUGUUGAGUUAAAGCUAGGCUAUGUUGAGGAAGAAAUAUCUUA